AUGAUGCCUGCCAUUUUGUUCACCUCUCUUCUGCUUCCUCUCACUCGUGCUGUGACUUCAGAACCGCGAUACAUCCUGUGGGUUUCUUCAGUGGUACAGCGCUUUUCCCCAGAAAAAGCCUGUCUUCAUUUUUUAAACCUCAACGAGUCUGUGUCCUUGAGCGUCAUCCUGGAAUAUGAUGGAUUCAAUACUACUAUCUUUGACCAGCCUGUGGAGGCGGGGAACUUCUACACUUGCACCAGUUUCCAGGUGUCUCAGACAUCCCCGGAGCAGUUGGCCUUUGUGACCUUACUUGCUCAGGGAAACACUCUGAAAAUCUCUGAAAGGAGAGUGGUAGCCAUCGCUGCUGAGGAAAAGGCAACUUUUGUGCAGACAGAUACGCUCAUCUACAAACCUGGAGACACCGUUCGCUUUCGCAUUGUGACACUGAACGCCUGGCUCAAACCUGUCGAUGACUUGUACCCUUCAGUCACCGUUCAGGAUCCCGAAAGCAAUGUGAUUUUUCAGUGGAAAAACGUAACCACUUUCAGAAACAUCACCCAGCUGGCAUUCCAUCUGACUCCAGAACCCAUGUUUGGGGAUUACACAAUUGCCAUAAGAAAACCAUCAGGAAGGACAGUGGUGCACCAGUUCACCGUUAAUCGGGAUGAAUUGCCCAGAUUUGAAGUUGAGGUCAGGGCACCAAAGACAAUAACGAUUGUGGACCAUCAAUUUCAAGUGGUUGCAUGUGCCAAGUACACCUACGGCCAGUCUGUGCAUGGGAAAGCCCAGAUCCGGGUGUGCAGAGAGUUUUCCUCCUCUGGGUAUUGUGAGAGCGAGAAUAAUGAAAUAUGCGAGCAGUUCACUGCGCAGCUGAAAGAUGGCUGUGUUUCUCAAACUGUCAACACAAAAGUCUUCCAACUAUACCGCUCUGGAUUUUUCAUGACAUUUAAUGUGAAUAUACUGGUUACAGAAUUUGGAACAGGUGUGCAGAUCAGUAAAACACAUCCUGUUUUUAUCACUUCGGUGCUUGGCAGCGUGAGUUUUGAGAACAUGGACUCUUUCUACAGGAGAGGAAUCACUUACUCUGGAACUCUUAGAUUUUCUGGUCCCGAUAACACACCGAUGGUGAGCAAGCUUUUGCAACUGGAGCUCAAUGGCAAAUUUCUAGGAAAUUAUACCACAGAUGGGAACGGGGAAGCUCAGUUUUCCAUCAACACUUCGGAGAUCUUCGAUGCACAGAUCAGCCUGAAAGCUGUAUAUGUCCGACCUGGAGUCUGCCAUCAUCCCAGCUGGUUGAACCCUGAGUAUCUGGAUGCCUACUUCACAGUCUCUCGCCUUUACUCCCAAACCAACAGCUUCCUAAAGAUCAUUCCUGAGCCAGAGCAGCUUCCCUGUAAUCAAGAGAAGAUGAUUUCAGUACUUUACUCCCUAAACCCUGAGGCCUACAAGGAUGACUCAGGCGUGAACUUCUUCUAUUUGGUGAUGGCGAGAGGAAGCAUCUUCCUCAGUGGACAGAAGGAAGUCAGAAGCCAAGCCUGGAACGGAAACUUCUCGCUCCCCAUCAGCAUGGGUGCUGAUCUGGCACCAGUGGCUGUCCUCCUUGUCUACACCCUCCACCCCAGUGGGGAAAUCGUUGCAGAUAGUGUCAAGCUCCAGAUUGACAAGUGCUUUAAAAACCAGGUCAGCAUGAAGUUCUCAAAGGAGCAGGACCUCCCCGGCUCCACCACCCGCCUAUGUCUUCAAGCAGCCCCAGACUCCUUCUGUGCCCUGCGAGCAGUGGACAAAAGUGUCCUUCUGCUGAAACCUGAACAAGAACUGUCUCCUGAAAGUGUAUACAACCUGCUCCCGAAUAUCCAACAAUAUGGUUAUUUCUACCAUGGUCUCAACCUGGAUGAUGCUACAGUAGACCCAUGCAUCCCUCAGACGGAUUUGUUCCACAAUGGACUGUAUUAUACACCUGCAAGCAAUGCUUGGGAUGGAGACAUUGCCAGUCUUCUCAGGGACAUGGGUCUGAAAAUCUUUACUAACUUCCAGUACCGGAAACCAGAGGUGUGUGCAUCCCAGGAAAACCUGCACUUGCUGAGGUCGUUUGAUAGCCCAGAAGGACGGAUGAUGAUGUUCGGCGCUCCAGCUGCUUCUGCCUUUCAUGACAUCGCAGAUGGCAUCAACCAGGCAGAACAGGCCAUCAAAGAGACAAUCAGGACGCACUUCCCCAAGACCUGGAUAUGGGACCUCAUCAGUGUGGAUUCCUCAGGUUCAGCAAAUGUCUCAUUCCUUGUCCCUGAUACUAUAACCCAAUGGGAGGCCAGUGCCUUCUGUGUGAAUGGUGAAGCUGGGUUUGGCAUCUCAUCCAAAGCAUAUCUACAGAUCUCCCAGCCCUUCUUCAUUGAAAUUGCCUCACCCUUUUCUGUCAUUCAGAAUGAGCAGAGUGACGUAGUUGUCAGUGUCUUCAGCUACCUGAACACGUGUGUAGAGGUAAGUCACCCCCUUGAUCUGGAAACAAAAAUCCAGCCAGCUAAAUUAUUCACUAGAGAGAAUACCAUCUCCCAUUGGAGAAGGUGUCAGUAUUCUUUAUCUUAUUCUUGGCAAUAUUUUCCAGGUAAAGUGAAUAUUACUGUAGUGGCUACAUCCAAACAAAGUAGUGCCUGCCCAAAUGAUGCCAGCAAGCAGCAAGAUGUCAACUGGAAAGACACGGUGGUCAAAGGCUUAGUGGUAGAGCCUGAAGGUAUUGAAAAAGAAACAAGCCAGGGUUUCCUUAUCUGCACAAAAGGUACUAAAGUCUCAAAGCGAAUACUUCUGGAAUUGCCAAGCGAUGUAGUGGAAGGGUCAGCCAGAUCCUUUGUCACCGUUGUGGGCGACAUUCUAGGAGUCUCAAUGCAGAACCUAGAUAGCCUUCUCCGCACGCCCUAUGGGUGUGGUGAGCAGAACAUUGCCCAGCUAGCGUCUGACACUUACAUACUCGACUACCUGAGAGCAACCCGGCAGCUGACAGAAGAAGUCAAAUCCAGGGCUCUACUUCUCUUAACUAACGGUUACCAGAAGCACUUGUCUUUCAAAAACUCCGAUGGUUCAUAUGACAUGUUCUGCCAGAGCAAUCAGAAAGGAAGCAUAUGGCUCAGUGCCCUUUCUUUCAAGACAUUUGAGAAAAUGAAGGAAUAUAUUUUCGUUGAAGAGUCAGUCCCCAAACAGACCUUAAUCUGGCUUUCGAGAAAACAGAGACCGAACGGGUGCUUUGGGAGGGAUGACAAGCUUGUCAACAAUGCUUGGGAGGGCAGCGAUGAAGAGGAUGUUGCGCUCACUGCACACGUCGUUGGGGCAUUCCUUGAAGUUGGAUUCGAUUCCAGUUUUCCUGCCCUCCGCAAUGGUCUCUAUUGUCUGGAGGAGGCAUAUGCAAAGGGCGUCACCGAUGGCCACACUCAAGCUAUGCUGGCUUACGUGUUUGCCUUGGCUGGAAAAGAACAGCAAGUGAAAUCCUUACUCUCGAUCCUGGAUCGAUCAGCUACAAAAAUAAAUAAUGUGAUAUAUUGGGAAAAAGAAGAGAAACACCAAGCAGGCUCUCCAUCCUUCAUUCCUCCAGCACUUUCUGGCAAGACUGAGAUGACAUGCUAUGUGCUGUUGGCUGUCAUUUCUCAGGUCACUCAGGACCUCGAUUAUGCCAGUAAGAUUGUGCAGUGGCUUGCCCAGAGGAUGAAUUCCCAUGGAGGCUUCUCUGCCACACAGGACACCACAGUGUGCCUUCUCGCCCUAACCCAAUACAUGAAGUUAACUGGCUCAAACUCUCAAAACACUGUCACCUUGAGCACUGAAGACUCUGAGGAGGUUUUCCCUGUCGACAACAACAACCGCCUUCUGGUACAGCACUCUAAAUUAGCCGCAAGGCAUGGACAAUACGCGGUUGCCAUAGAAGGAGAAGGCUGUGCGUUCAUCCAGGCCACCCUCAGGUACAAUGCGCCUCUUCCUAAGAAGGCAUCAGCAUUUUCUCUUUCCGUGGAAAUGGGGGAAAGCAACUCUUCAGACAUAUUCCAGACGAAGUUUAACCUCACAGUGACCCUCGUGUAUACAGGAGUUCACAAAAGCUCCCGUAUGGUUCUUGUGGAUGUGAAGAUGCUCUCUGGGUUUACUCCUGUCUUCUCAUCCAUUCAGGAGCUUAAACACAAUGGCCAGGUAACGAAGACAGACAUAAAGAAUGGUCACGUUCUUUUCUACUUGAAAAACGUUUCCAGGGCACCAACCAGCUUCACCUUCUCUGUUGAGCAAACAAACAUUGUGUCCAACAUCCAGCCUGCCCCAGUCACCGUCUACAGUUACGAGAAAGAUGAAUACGCCCUUGAUUCUUACAGCAUCAAUAGCGUUUCAGAGUCCCAAUAA